ACCCAUUAGAAUUAAUCCAUAAAUAAAAUCAUCGAUAAAAAUGAGUUUAACCAAAUAAAAAUAAAAAUAGAGUGUAUUCAAUAUGGAAGAAUGAUAGGCAUACAUCGCCAUGUAAAAUAAACGUGGCCAACACAAGACCACUUAAGCUACGACAGGGCAACUUCUCAUCCACCCAAUCAAAUGCCCCUUCAGCGUUCAAUCCAACCACCCAGACUCCAUCAAUCAUCUAAAACACUCCAUCAUGCGUCUGAGAUUGCAGAUUGUUCAUUUCUUAAUCAAUUUUCCUCACUACAUGAGCCUUACCCUCCCCCCUCGGGCCUCCGCUGGUGAGUACUUGAAUCAAAACUAAAAGCCCAAGUUCCUUCCUCCUUUUAAUAUGUCGACAAUGGCUGCCAGAAGUUUGAAUUUAUCUUUUCUUCCAACUGGGUUUAUAAGUACUUCAAAAACCCAACAAAGUUUCAACUUUGUUUCUUUUUCUUCUCCUCCAAGUUUCAGAGCAAUCAAAAACAAAAAGCUUUCAUCAUCUUCUACCAGAGUAAUGGGCUGCUCUUCCUCCUCUUCCCAGAAACCAGAUGGCAUCAAAGAGGCUGGCACCGUGAAUUACAAAUCUUUAAGCGAUGAUGAAUGGAAGAAGCGGCUCACGGGAGAGCAGUUUUAUAUUACCCGUCAGAAGGGAACUGAGAGAGCUUUUACUGGUGAGUAUUGGAACACCAAAACGGCAGGGAUAUACCACUGUAUAUGUUGUGACACACCUCUGUUUGAAUCAUCUACUAAAUUUGACAGUGGAACUGGUUGGCCAUCAUAUUACCAACCUGUUGGUGAUAAUGUCAAAUCCAAGCUAGACCUUUCCAUCAUUUUCAUGCCUAGAGAGGAAGUUCUUUGUGCUGUCUGUGAUGCUCAUCUGGGCCAUGUAUUUAACGAUGGACCGCCGCCAACUGGGAAACGUUACUGCAUCAAUAGUGCGGCACUGAAAUUGAAGCCAGAUAAGUGAUGGUGAAGAUAUUAACAUACCUGCCUGCGAAUUCUGUAACUGAAACCCGUAAUCAUUACAUGUUUGUGCUUAUAAACUGAGGACUCUCGAAAGAUGUACACGUUUAUUGGGCUGAAUGAAAAUAAUUUCAUUGGGUUGUA